CGUCCUAUUACAACGGAAGCGGGUUCAGUUGUUCUUAUGGAUUUAUUAUGGUCCGACCCUACAGAGAAUGAUAGUGUUGAAGGGCUGCGGCCAAAUUCCAGAGGUCCUGGUUUGGUUACUUUUGGGCCUGACCGGGUUAUGGAGUUCUGCAAUAACAAUGAUCUCCAGUUGAUUGUGCGCGCACAUGAGUGUGUAAUGGAUGGUUUUGAACGUUUCGCUCAGGGACAUUUGAUAACUCUUUUCUCGGCUACCAAUUAUUGUGGUACUGCAAAUAAUGCAGGAGCUAUCCUAGUUCUUGGAAGAGACCUUGUGGUCGUUCCAAAACUCAUUCAUCCUUUACCACCAGCAGUUACGUCACCGGAGGCAUCACCAGAGCGCCAUGUAGAUGAUACAUGGAUGCAGGAGCUUAAUGCUAAUAGACCACCUACACCAACCAGAGGUCGGCCUCAAACUGCAAAUGAUCGUGGUUCUCUUGCUUGGAUUUAAAGGUCAUUCUUUCUCAGAAAAUUGAUAUUCGGUGACAAGGUUUUGCACCCCGCUAAGCUGGUGCUAGUGAGUGCUGUCUGGGAUUUGUUUUAAUAAAAUCUUAUGUGAAGCACGAGGCAUUGGAAUUCGGGAAAGAAUUAUAAAAUCAACUUCUGAUUUGUUUGUGAAAUCUAAGUAUUCUGAGAGGAGCCUUCUGUUUCAGUUGCAGUAGUACCAGAGGAUAUUUUGACUUGGUAAAUCACAGGUGGCAUGGGUUGCAUUGACCACCCUACAAAGAAAAAACAGCUACAUGAGUCUUAGUAUGGUCGUCCCUUGUAAAUUGAACAACGAGCAAAUGGGAAUUUUACAGUCUUUGUUCUGGUUAGUAAAUGGUAUUUGCUUCAUCAAUUAGGUAUAUUAUUCUUUCUUUUUGCCGUUGUUAGCCAUCUUUUUUAUUUUAUAUUUUUGGGAAGAAAUAUUCAUAUGAAUCACUGCCGGUGUUCAUUCAUCCAUGUAUCAUAUUGUGUUUUCUUGUGUAAUUUCCCUUCGUGGUUACUGCCUGUACAAUGUAUAACCUAACCUCCUAUAUAUCGUGUGAAGAGAAGUGAUUUUUGUCUCUUAAUAUAGUAACAUUUGAGAAA